ACAGCUCUACUUCAUUUCCCAAAGUGCUGGUGUUACAGCUGCAGCUGUUCUGCUUGCUUCUGCAUGUGGAAAAGUUGUUCACUGGUGUGAACAAGACACAAAAAAGGGAUCCUCUAAGAAUUCAGCAGCUGCAGAACCAAAUCCGACUGGAAAAAGAAGCAGACCAGUGGUGUCAUCAGAAGCAAGCUAGUUUCCUCCAGAAUCUUCCUUUGUCCCCAACUUUCCUCCCUCCACCUUCAUUCCAAGAGCUUGAAUCCAACCACUCUCCUGCUUCUCCUGUGCAGAUGAGCGUUCUCAAUUCUCAUUCUGCUCCUGCCAUGCAGACAUCCAGUUCUUUCAACUAUGCCCGUCCUAAACAAUUUAUUGCUGCCCAAAAUAUUAGCCCUGCUUCAAGCUAUGUAACACCGUCAUCUGGCUCUUCCACGUCUAGUCUCCCAUCCCCAAUGUCUCCAACUGCUUCUCAGAAGCAAUUUGGUAAAACAUCUGCCCCCACUUUCUCUCAGCCAUUUGCUCCUGAGGGUGAGUACCCUUGGUCUCCUUCCCCACCUCCUCCUCCUCCCCCUCCCCCUGUUUUUAGUCCUACAUCUACUUUUUCAGUGGCAGAUUCCUUUCCACUACCACCACCUCCUCCACCUCCUCUCCCAGCAUCUUCCCCCUCGCCUUCCCGCAGUUUUUCCCCAACAUCCAGAUUGUCUAGCUCUAGUCAGUCUCCAGCAGCCUUCCUCAGCUCCAUGCUACCAUCUCAGCCACCUCCAAUGUCAGUUAAUGCACUAGGACUUCCCAAAGGCGUUACACCACCGGGAUUUCCAAAGAAAACAGGCAGAACUGCCAGGAUUGCAUCUGAUGAAGAGAUUCAGGGCACAAAAGAUGCUGUUAUCCAGGACCUGGAAAGAAAACUUCGCUUCAAGGAAGAUCUCUUGAACAAUGGCCAACCAAAGUUAACAUAUGAGGAGAAGAUGGCUCGUCGAUUGCUGGGGGCUGACAGUGCUGCAACAGUCUUCAAUAUUCAAGAACCAGAAGAGGAACUUGCAGAACAGGGAACUGGUUCUGUUGAUGCUUCUAUAGUGACUCAUGAGGCUGUGCAAAAGGAAUAUAAAGUCUCCAGUUUUGAACAGAGACUGAUCGGUGAGAUUGAAUUUAGACUGGAGAGAUCUCCAGUAGAAGAGUCUGAUGAUGAAGUGGAGCAUGGGAAAGAUGUUCCUGAUAACAGCCUGGCCCCGUAUUUUGAGAUGAAACUUAAACACUACAAAAUAUUUGAAGGAAUGCCAGUCACCUUUAUAUGCAGAGUGUCUGGAAAUCCAAACCCAAAGAUCUAUUGGUUCAAAGAUGGUAAGCAAAUCUCUAAAAGGAAUGAACACUACAGGAUGCAAAGAGAACUUGAUGGGACUUGCUCUCUCCACACCACUGCCUCCACCCUGGAUGAUGAUGGGAAUUAUACUAUCAUGGCUGCCAAUCCACAGGGCAGAAUAAGUUGUACAGGACGGUUGAUGGUCCAAGCGGUCAAUCAGAGGGGGCGCAGUCCCCGGACACCUCCUAGCCAGCCUCAUGUCAGAAGACCUCGGUCUCGAUCAAGGGAUAGUGGAGAUGAAAAUGAACCAAUCCAGGAACGCUUCUUCCGACCACAUUUCCUACAGGCUCCAGGAGAUCUGAUGGUUCAAGAAGGAAAACUUUGUAGAAUGGAUUGCAAGGUCAGUGGCUUGCCAACUCCCGACAUCAGCUGGCAACUUAAUGGAAGAGUAAUACGUUCUGAUAGUUCCCACAAAAUGCUUGUACGGGAAAAUGGCAUACACUCUUUAAUCAUAGAGCCAGUCACAGCAAGGGAUGCUGGCAUCUAUACAUGUGUUGCCACUAAUCGAGCUGGUCAGAACACCUUCAGCUUGGAUCUGAUUGUGACAGCUAAGGAAGCACACAAGCCACCUGUAUUUGUAGAAAAACUGCAGAAUACAGGAGUGGCUGAGCGGUAUCCCGUGCGACUGGAAUGCCGGGUUUCAGCUGUGCCUCCACCUCAGAUUUUCUGGAAGAAAGAAAAUGAGUCACUUACAUAUAACACUGACAGAGUGAGCAUGCACCAAGAUAAUCAUGGAUAUGUCUGCCUGCUUAUUCAGGGAGCUACAAAAGAAGAUGCUGGUUGGUACACUGUAUCAGCAAAGAAUGAAGCUGGGAUUGUUUCCUGCACAGCAAGGCUGGAUGUCUAUACUCAGUGGCAACAACAGUCCCAAACCACUAAGCCCAAGAAAGUGCGUCCCUCGGCCAGUCGGUAUGCAGCACUUUCUGACCAAGGACUAGACAUCAAAGCUGCAUUUCAGCCAGAAGCAAACCCUGGACAUCUGGCAUUGCAAUCUGGAUUGGUAGAAAGUGAGGAUCUUUAAGUAUUAGCUACCAGAUACACCAUUUCCUUUCAAAUUGAAAACACUGAAAGCCAUUGUAUCGACCAGGGAUAAUCUAUGCCACUGUACGCAGGAGAGACACCUGUGUGUGCAAAAGAUAACACAGCCACAUCUUUCUUGUUCAGUAUAACAAAUUAGAGUUUGUAGAGAGAAAUGCAGUCUGCAUAUACAAAUCACCUUCACUAUAACCAUUUCUUAUUACAAAGUGGAUAGUACUGUUUUGAAUAAUCCUAUUCACAAGUGCUAAAUUGAGUGAAAUUUUGCAAAAGCAAAUAUGCUGCACACUUACCACUAAGUGCCUUUGCAGUUUGUAGGUGCUAUUAAAGUGUAAUGGAUAGAAAUGCACUGCAAAAUGUAUUGGGAGUGCAUUACGAUAAUGAUAGUUCAGAUGUGCAAUACUGAAGGGAUAAAGCAAGAUGGAAAAAGGAAGAGAAAUCAGUGAUAUUUUUGUGUCUAUAAUUGACUAUCUAUUCUCAAAGGAAAUAGGAUAUGUUAGUUUUGCCUUAAUUGUACUUAGUGUAGGUCAGGUAACCUUGUAUCGGAAGGCUUUUGACUUUUGCCAGCGGAUGUGAUGCUUAGAUUCAUCUUACUUUUAUAACAGUGAGGUAAGAUAACGCAAAAGCCAGGCCUUCCUCAACAGAUGAAAUAUAUAUGAGCAAAACGUCAAUGCUUUUUAAAACAAUAUUGGAGAUCUGAUUGAGCAGAAUCUAUGUGAUACAAAGGAAGAUAAUUAGGAAUGUAGAGUAAGUGGAAAAUGGAGUGAGUCUGCAAUAAGGGUUUAAAUAAUUUGCAUACCAUAGAGAAUAGAUGAGUAGAUGUUGGAGGAUACAAGGAAAUGUUGUUACAUUUUAAACACUGCAUGCAUGUAUACUAGAGGUUACAUUUUUGUGUUCUUGCUUACUGCAGCAUGAACAAGAACCCUGCCUAAGGCUGGGAGCUUGUGAAGAACUUAAAAAUAGUUAACUGGCCAGAAAGUUAGCUAUUUUUUUCCAUCUAAUUAGACUUCAUUUGAAUUAUAUUAAGCAAUUUGGAUUCAAAAUGAACUCAACUGAGAGGGAGUAGAAGGCUAUUUCAGUUAGAUCUGCCUAAAAAAAAUGUGGUCUGAUGGUACAAUAGUACUUUGCUACAAAAGGAAAACACUGUAUUCCUUAUAUGAAGCACAUUUAUAGUACUUUAUUUAUAAUUAAAAACCUGAAUAUUUUUCUCAAAUCAGUUAUUCAAAUACCGUACUUUUUUUUGUAAAAAAAAAAAAAAGUUUUGUAAUAUGUAUCAUGCCAUAUAUUUUGCAUUAACUGCUAUUCCUGUAUUGCUUUGCCCUUCAUUAUUAAGUACACCAUUCAGAUUUUUAGUGGCUAAUAAAAACUUCUACCACAAAAGAUAGUUACUUUUCUAUGCAAGCUGUGCAGAUGAUAACAAUUCAGUAAUAGGAAUUUGACUUAUUUGUGCUGUCAUAUAUAACUGUCCUAAUUGUCUAGUUCUAGGAACUGAAUCCUAUCAUUCACUUGCCCGGUUGUCAAUGUGACUUGUUUAGCUUAAUUACUAUUUGUUUAGCUUAACUAGUAGCAAUUUGCUUCUUUUUAUUUGUAUUUAUAAAACUGUACAAGCAUAUUAUUUUGGAUUGUUGAGCUAGUAUCAUAAGGGUUUGACAUCAAUAAAUAUUACACAAAUUUGAGAAAAAUGUAUUUUUCU